GUCUAUUUGAAUAUAGAUACUCUAAUUUUACAUAGUCCUCCUCCUAGUCGUUCUGUAUCAGCGACACAGUCCGGUAAGCUCUGCACUAACUACCUCCUCUUUUUAGGGUUAAGGUCUACUCCGAUCAAACUCCACCACGAAUUCACCGCCAUUAAAAUGAAAUUAACCUCACCGGAGACGAUCCCAGACGCUCACGAGGACUCAAUAUGGACAGCCUCGUGGAUACCGGCAACAGAAGAUUCUCCCCCGCUCCUCCUCACCGGAUCCCUGGACGAAACCGUCCGGCUUUGGGACCCCGAGAGUAAGAAUUGCAUCCUCAAAAACACUGGUCACAGCCUAGGGGUCGUCUCUGUCGCUGCUCAUCCUUCUGGUCGGAUUGCGGCGUCCGCCUCGAUCGAUAGCUUUAUCCGGGUAUUUGAUGUCGUCACCAAUAACACCAUUGCCACCCUCGAAGCUCCUCCAUCCGAAAUUUGGCAAUUGAAAUUUAAUCCUGAGGGUAAAAUCCUAGCUGCAGCUGGAGGUGGCAGUGCCUCAAUCAAGCUAUGGGAUACUGCGAAAUGGCAACCGAUUACAACAUUGUCAAUCCCUCGCCCUGAAGGUUCAAAACCAGGUGAUAAAAGUAGCAACAAGAAGUUUGUCCUUUCAGUCGCUUGGAGUGCCGAUGGAAGACACAUUGCUUGUGGUUCCAUGGAUGGCACUAUCUCUGUUUUUGAUGUUGCACGGGCCAAAUUUCUGCAUCACCUGGAAGGGCAUUGUAUGCCAGUUCGCACUCUUGUAUACUCAUCGGCACCUCUUGACUCCAGAAUUCUUUUUUCUGGUUCGGAUGAUGGCCAUGUACACGUGUAUGAUGCUGAGGGGAAAACCAUGAUUGCUGCCAUGUCAGGUCAUGCAAGUUGGGUUUUAAGUGUGGACGCUUCCCCGGAUGGUGCUGCAAUUGUAUCGGGCUCAAGUGACAAGACUGUUAGAUUGUGGGACUUGAAGAUGAGAGCAGCCACCCAGAUAUUCUCCAACCACACUGAUAUGGUUUGGACAGUGGCAUUUGGACCACCAGGAAGGACGGAUGUUCGGUCCUGUUCGCUUGCAAGCGUGUCUGAUGACAAAAGCAUCUCACUUUAUCAGUACUCUUGAUGGUUUCUUGUUGUAUCGAGUUUUAGAUUAGUCUUUCAACGAGUCCAUCGACAUGUGUAACUUUCUGGCUUAACUUAACAUUGGUAAAUUGACUUCAAGAUCGUACAGAUCUUUGUUGAAAUGCAGUUCUAUGAAAAUGUUUUUUGAUAUUUGUAGAAGGCUUAAAAAUUAAUUACGGAGAAUACGAUGAACAUUCCCGCAGUUGAUGAUGAUCA